GCAAACCGUUUCUAAAAAAAUAAGAAUCAGCCAUUCGUCGUGUAUCAGAUUAUUUUCUUUUCCAAGAACUGCUACUUUGCUUUAUCUCCAUUUCGUCGCCUCUUCUGUUUUAUAUGUUUUAAUUUUAUUUGUUCCCGUCGUUAUUUUGUAAGUUUCGCGCUCAAAUUUGUGGUCUUCCUGUGGUGUUUUCGCGGGUUCAAUUUCAAAAUGGCGGCUCAUACAGUGACAAAACAUUGACGCAAAAUAUAACGCACUUUCUCUUUUUAACACUAAAUUUCCUGCUAGUUUCCACUCAUCGUCAUGUUUAGCUUUUUAUCUAAAGUCAGCAGCUUUGUCCUCGGUAAUGUAGUCGAAGAGGAAACGGCGCAAGAAAAUAAUUCCCGCGACUCUGCAUCGCUUGGGCCUGAACAGAUUCCCCAAGAAGAGACGACAACGUCAAAUGGUAUACGAGACAAAGUUAAACCUGGCGAGCUACAGAAAUCCUUCUACGGAAAAGUAACUAAUCUGUACGAUGGAGCGGGGGUGAUAGACCACGAUGUGUAUUUUACUUUUGACGUUAUUUUGGGCGGAUUUCGUCCCGAAUUGGGAUCCGAGGUGCACGUAGAAGCCUUGCGGGAAUCGGUCUCUAGCGGCUGGAAGGCUACACGUGUUGAUCACGUGCAAGAGUGGGACACCAAGGGCCAGAGUGGUACCUUAGAGACUGUAGUUGCCAAGGUGACGGAUAUAAGUGGAAAUAUUAUUACCUUAAAUAAUGAAUUAACAAUAAACAUGUCAGCCAUGCACCUAGGAAAUGAUACCUACUCCCCCUUCGUUGGCGACUGGAUUAAGGCGGAUCUAGAGAAAUUUGCCGAUGGAAGUGUUGAAAUCAGGGGGGUGAAGCCCUUACGGGAGAAGCAUUUUUCUGGAAAGGUAGCAGCUGCAUGUCCAGGCUAUGGUUAUAUUGACGAUGUUUACUAUACCAUUGGGGUGUGUGUUAGAGGAUACAGACCUCGAAGAGGGGAUGAUGUUAAGGUGACUGCCAUAGAGUCGACACAGGGGCAGUCUAAGUGGAGAGCUAUUCUGGUAGAACCCAAACCGGUUCAGUCAACUACUCAAAGCCCCUCAUCAGGAACACAGCAGUUUAUGGGGGAAAGGAUGGCUGAGCUACUGGCAAAUAAGAAUGGAAUUGUUAUCAAAGAUACUUUAGGCUUUGGUGACGUUGCUGUUGGUGAUUGUAGAACAAUCUGUAUUGACAUAAGGAAUUCAAGUCAGACUGUUCACAGACUAGUCAGCUGUUGUUUUGUCAGAGCUGAUUCCCAGUUUCAAGUUGCAUUGGCAUCAGACCUUAAAGAACCCAGUGAAUCUGAAGAGUCUAGGGCAGGUACUGAAAUGAGACUGCAACCAGAGCAAACAAGAUCUGUUACCAUAACAUUCACAGCUAGGGCUCUUGGGCGAUUCAAGCACCUUCUUGUCAUUGGUUUUGAAGGCUUUGAGAUCGGCCGGCACAUUACUGGUAAUGUUGUUGAUGACCAUCAGGCGUAUCUGAGUCCAUCAGCACCAUACAGUCGCACCAGGAAGACCAGGCAAACAAGGGAUUUAUUUGCAGACCAAACUGAUGGAUGGUUGGUUCCUGGAGAACGUCCAACAUGGAAAGUGAAACUUAUUUUCCCUAUCAAGUUGAAGAUGUACACUAUCCCAUCUGAUGUCAGGGAAUGUCUCCUACAGGAGAGAGAUCUGGGUAUGGUCAUCCCUGCACUAAGACAGCCAUUGUGCCUGCUGAACUAUCAGGCCCGUUUUUCUGCUCUCCUCAAUGCUGAAGAGUUGCAGAUGGAAUUGGAAAUGCGACAAUUUGACCUUCAGCAGGUAGAGAUGGAACCAUUUCGGGAAUUUUUGUGCCUGGCUGUCCCAGGCCUUGCUGAGGGCCGACCAUCUCUGUUGAUUGGUGACACAGUUGUAGUGUCUCUCUGUAUGUCUGCUCGUGAUGCACCGAGAUAUGAAGGAUACAUACAUGAGGUGCGUAAAGAUGACAUUUUACUAAAAUUCAAUGAUGAGUUCCAUUCAUCCUAUGGAUUAGAGAGAUGUGAUGUAAUGUUCUUCUUUAACAGGUCAUCCAUCAGAAGGGCUCACCAAGCUGUCGAAUUUUCAGUACAAAUGGGAGAAGAAGUCUUGUUUCCAAGAUCCCUUAGUCCUAAGCUUCCCAUUGUGAGCUUGAUGUUUGGCUCAAUGGAGACACAGGAUGAGAAACAGGUUUACAUGAACCCAACUAACAUUGAUAAAGGUAAGGAGUUGACUAUGCCCAAGCCUACUGACUGUCUGUACAACUCUCGCCUGAAUGAGCGUCAGCGUGCUGCCGUGGCUCGUAUUCUGAGUGGACAAAGCAGACCUACUCCUUACCUACUGUUUGGUCCACCUGGCACCGGAAAAACAGUCACACUGGUGGAGGCCAUACUUCAGGUGUUCCACAGGGUGCCGUCCAGUCGAGUCAUCGCCUGCGCGCCGUCUAACAGCGCUGCUGACCUUAUGGCUGUACGGCUGCACCGCAGCGGGUUCAUUCAGGAGGGAGAUAUGAUCCGACUUAACGCAUUCCAACGAGUCCAAGAGAUCCCAGAAUCCAUCAAUAAAUACUGCGUCGAUACAGACAGCCUCCAACUUGCGGCGCAUUACCGUAUCAUCGUGUGUACUUGCAGUACGGCGGGGCAGCUCUUUUCGCUAGGACUCAAACCUGGUCAUUUCACGCACGUGUUUGUAGAUGAGGCGGGCCAAGCUACAGAACCCGAAUGCUUGAUACCGAUUGGUCUAGCCGCGGGAGAAGAUGGCCAGAUCAUCUUAGCAGGAGACCCAUUCCAGCUAGGCCCAGUCCUCCGCUCGCCCGUAGCCAUCUCUUACGGUCUCAACGUCUCGUUACUCGAGAGACUCAUGUCCGGGCUCCUGUACGCGCGGGACGAGACGCGGUUCGCGGACCACGGCUGCUACGACCCUCUACUCGUCACAAAACUGGUCAACAACUACCGCUCUCACCCCUCCCUCCUGCGUCUGCCCUCUGCCCUAUUCUACCACAGCGAGCUGCGGGUCUGUGCCGAGCGGACCAUGAGGGAGCAGCUCAGUCAGUGGGAGAUGCUGCCAACACAAGGAACUCCGCUGGUCUUCCACGGGCUCAAGGGCGAGGACAUGCGGGAAGGAAACACCCCUUCCUGGUUUAACCCCGUGGAGGCUGUCCAGGUAGUCCGGUAUGUCCAGGCACUCAAGAACAGCGCCAUGUGUCCUAUCAAGCUAGCCGACCUCGGCGUUAUUACACCCUACAAGAAACAGGUGGAGAAGAUCCGUCUCUUGCUGUCCCGUGUGGGUAUCGAUGAGGUCAAGGUUGGAUCCGUGGAGGAGUUUCAGGGGCAAGAGCGCCCAGCCAUCAUUAUCUCUACAGUUCGCUCUACGGAGGCAAUGGUUGGUUUUGAUGUUGCUCACACGAUCGGCUUCCUGGAUAACCCUAAGCGUUUCAACGUGGCUGUCACUCGUGCCCAGUCUCUUCUGGUGGUGGUCGGUAAUCCGCAUGUCCUGUGUCGAGACCCAUAUUGGUGUAGUUUGCUACAGUAUUGUGUGAUGGUUGAUGCGUACACAGGAUGUGACCUUCCUGACUUGGACACACCCACCUACCAGGAAGAGUUCAUGUUUUCGAUGGGGGUUCUUAGCAACCUAACAUUUGACGAUGAAAAAGGUACAGACCAAGCUCAUAGUGGGAACGGCAAAACAGAAAAUCUUAACGAACACUUGAUUGGUAGCCAAGAGAUCAAAGACCUUUCCAAGACUUCUAAAGAAAACCCAAGCAAUAACGUCCAUCUAGGUAGUGAUUUCGAGGCACACACAAUCGCAAAAGAAACUGAAAAAUGUGAAGCUUCGAAUAAGGUCAUAAUUGAACCAAAAGACGUCGUUCAUAUCUUGGACAAUAAGACUUUUCAAGGGAUUGCUACACCUAACCUUGAUAACCACGGCUUUAGUGAAAACUCUGGAGCCUCGGAGGAAAAGGUCACAAUGGAAAGAAAAGAAGCAGCUACUAAGAAAUACUGGAUUUCAGAGAAAACGAUUGCAUGUAAAAUAGAUGGCCUCUCUGGCGCUAGAAUGAUUAAAGUCACAAUCGAGAGGGAUGAUAGUACUUCUUCUACGCAAUGUGAGACUUUUGAUCGGAAACUCACAGAGAUCAAGGAUAAUCAGGACCCAAGCCUGGCUAUUGUUACAUCGCAAGGGGCGUCUGCAAUAAGCGGGGCGUAUAAAGGGAAAGACGACUUGAAGCCUGGUCGUAGUGCACCAUGGUCUGGGCAGGGCACAAAGGGAAUCACGACAAAACCCAAACUACAAGCGAAUACGCCUAUCAUGUCUGGGCCUAGCAAGCAACGUGAACAGAGGAGUUCGUCUGCGACAGCCAAGAGAAGGGGAAAUACCGGCCGAAAACACACCCAAAGACCACGGGAUGAGAGAAAGGAAAAUGAUACAAGAGUUAAAGGAAUAGACAAUGUUGAUCUCGCUAAGGAAGAAAAACCUGCAAUGUCACCCCCUGGGGGAAUAGUUUUCCAGGACUCAACCCCACUCAGCAAUGAUGCUGGGUUCCCUGUGGCGACCCGUGACAAUGUAACGCACGAUUCCAAACUCGCUUUAACGCUAAGCCUUAGUACUUCUUCAGCUGUCUCUAGCGAUGACGAAGACCUGGAGGAAUUCCUAAUCACGUGACCUCGGGCGUCACGAUUUCGUAGACUGGGCGAGGUUUACUGGGCCUCUUGUUUUUUUAUUCCUGCUCAGGGAAUCGAUGGUUUUUGUUCAUUAAAAUACAGUCCAAAUA